UGUCACACAACACUGUAGUUACAGUUGUCAAAAAGUUUAUGGAAAAUUUUCAUUUUGAUAUCUAAUUAAAACUACAGAAAUGGAAACUACGGUUAUGCCAAACCAACAGCACGAAGCAUCUCCAACUGAGGGUACUCCAAUGCAAUUGCCAUUGCCAUUGCCAUCAAAUGUUGAGGACCAUGUGAAGACCCAGGUGAAUGUUUCGAAUGAGGGAAACAAACGAAAGCCGAAUGCCAAUAAUCAAAGAAAACAAUUAAAAACAACCGAAACUAAGAAGAAACCGGAAAGGAAACCAAUCAGAAGAGGAAAAGCCAAGCCCCAAGAGAAUGGGAAGACAAAUGUUAUACCUAAAUCUCCAUCCGGAAUGCCAACACAGAAUGCCAACGAAGAACGUUUGGCCAGCGCUGAGAAUCAAAUGGCGAAUUCCGAUAUGAAGAGUCUGACGGCGGCUUGCAAUGAAGAGCAAGGGAUGAUAUCGAAGGCUGCUAUGGAUGAAAUUCUUACGAACUUUGCAAUGGCCGAAGCGGAAGCUCAGGGUAAAAACAUGCCACCACCUGCAGGGACAGCAAACAAACCGAAACCGAAACCGAAACGUGCCCCAGCAAGAAAAAGAAAAGCGCCUGCGCCGAAAGUUCGUAAAAUUAUUCCUAAACAAGUCGUGCCAGGCCUUGAAGUGGAAAUAGAAACACUCGAUGAUCCGCAGCCCGCAGUGAAUGCAAGAAAAAGAAAAGCGCCUGCGCCGAGAGUUCGUAAAAUUAUUUCUAAACAAGUCGUGCCAGGCCUUGAAGUGGAAAUAGAAACACUCGAUGAUCCGAAGCCCGCAGUGAAGGCAAGAAAAAGAAAAGCGCCUGCGCCGAAAGUUCGUAAAAUUAUUUCUAAACAAGUCGUGCCAGGCCUUGAAGUGGAAAUAGAAACACUCGAUGAUCCGAAGCCCGCAGUGAAGGCAAGAAGAAGAAAAGCGCCCGCACCGAAAAUUCGUAAAAUUAGCCCUGAACAAGUCGUGAAAGUCCUGGACGUGGAAAUAGAAACACUCGAUGAUCCGCAGCCCGCAGUGAAUGAACAAGAGCUCGACGACAGAGAUGAAGAUGAAGAUAAUGCUGGCAUAGCCAUAGCCAUGCCCUCCUCGGAGGAUAUAUGGCAAAGCUACUUGGAUGUCAAAGAAGGACGCAUCAAUCAAACGGAAGCAAAUUGGCCCAUUAGUUUGAUGUGUGAUCAAAGCUCUGAGCAAAGAUUGGAAGAGUCAUGCAUAUAUUUAAAGAAAAGAGUGCCGCAGCGCAAAGUCCCUGUAUAUGAUUAUAACGAGGGCAAUCUAGCUGCUCGAGAACUUCUCAAAUGGCAAAUGAAUUAUCAAAAAAAGCCACCACCCGAGCCACCAGAGGAUGCAGAUCCCAGCUGUGACGAAGCAGAUGAUUCUGAGAAUGACGACGAACAGAAUAAUCUUGUGGAGGAAGAUGCUGAUUUGAAAGAAUGGAUUCAAUCUGAGUUGCUAAACGAGCCGUUAACCGACAUUGAAGAAUUCGACAUGCUGUUAAGUAUGGGACAGGAUGAUACCAAUUAUGACACCUUAUAUAAGCUGUUAAAGCCAAGAGGUUUAGUUCCGGAAGUGAAAUCGCCUGAGCCCACAGAAAAUGAUGACGAAGACAAUUCACAGGAGACAUCUUGCUCUAGUGAAGAGUCGAAAAGCGAAGAGGAAUCGAGCCCUGAAAUGACAGAACUAAGUGAUGAGCAGCAGGAAGAAGUACCUAAUGAAGAGGCUUGCCAGGAGGACCCUAUCGAGGAGCUUAUCGAAGAGCCCCUUGAAGAACCUAUCGAAGAGCCCAUCGAGGAGUCUAUUAAACAGACCAUUGAAGAGCCAGUCGAAAAGCCUAACGAACUAUUCAUCAAACAGCCCAUAGAAGAGACCAUGGAAGCGCCUAUCGAACUGCUCAUCCAACAGCCCAUCGAAAAAACCAUGGAAGCGCCUAUCGAACUGCUCAUCCAACAGCCCAUCGAAAAACCCAUGGAAGCGCCUAUCGAAGAUCUCAUCCAACAGCCCAUGGAAAAAAUCAUGGAAGCGCCUAUCGAAGAUCUAAUCGGAGAGAUCAUCGAAGAGUCCAUCGAAGAUCCUAUUGAAGUGUCCAUCGAAGAUCCCAAUGAAGAGCGUGUCGAAAAGAUUGCCGAAGAGACAGCUAAUGAAACGCCACUGAAAGAUAUUCAUGCUGAAGUAGAAAUGCCAGAAGCAAAAGAAACCCAAGAUUGGCCAAUACCCCAGGUUCAGGUGAGUCAAGAGCCAGUCGUACACCAAGAAGAGCAAAUUCAAACGAUACCCGAAGAUGAUAUGGAUUUUGCGUCAUUUAUUGACCUUAUUAAUGAUAAAGUGGUGCCCGAUGAUGCGAUUAAAUCAACUUUGCAGCAAUUGGAAUCGGAAUUAAUGAUCAACAAUGACGAUGACAAAGAGUUGGAAAACGAAAUGGAAGAGGAACUUCCCGAGCUGCCAUUAAUUUUGGAUAUUCAAGACCUAGCCAUGCUACCACCAAAGCCCAUGGAUGAGACAGCCCAUCAGGAAUGGUUACAGGAAUGCAGUCAAAAAAUCACAGAGCAGUUGCAGCAAAUUGCCUUCUCAGUCGCUGGUGCCACACCAAAGCCGCCUGAGCCCGCUGUCGCCAAGCCACAGGGCAUAGAUUAUGAGAUGGAAAUCUCCAAGGAGCAAUUGAAGCCAUCCAUCUCUGUUUCACCCAAACGACCUGUUAACCACACGGGCUGGCAGAAUAAGUUUGUCGAAAUGCUUGACGAUUUCGAGGAUGAUGUUCUCCAAAAUAUGACAGAGUUCCGAGAUCCGCAAGCCAAGCGAUUGCGUUCCAAAUGGUAUGCACAGUGUAGCAAAACCGUUCAGGAUUUGCGCCGGACCCUCGUCUUGCCGGCAUUGCCUCAUCCGGCAAGCGAGCGUUUGCAAAAGAUACGAAUACUGCGACGUCCACCAAAACGUAGCGAACCCUUCCGCAUGAGUAUCGAAAUGAAAUAUGUGCGGACUUUUUGUACAGUGCAAACAAAGCGGCAAAUGAAAUUGAUGUCUCUGCUUAGUGUAUUGGAUAAUUCGAUAUAUUGCCCCGAAAUUGAUGUAUUACAAAAGCGUUCCGAGUCUGCACAGUUGGCCUGGUUGUGGCGGGAUGGAACGGUUAUGAUCAUCAAUGGACGUAGUAAAAAAAUGCUUGCCGAAACCCAAAAGGAUCUGAUGUCAAGGAUUCUGGGUGUUAAGAAAACGUCUUGCCCGCAACAUUGUGAAAAUGUUACAUACCUACGGCUCACAUUUCAUGCCCAGUUCCCGUGGAAGAUUGAUUUGAGUGACUUCAAUAGGGCUUUAAUUCUCAGUCCCGAGCCAAUACAAGGAGCUAACAGCCGUUAUGCCUAUUAUGUGAAUAAGGAUUUUCCCGGAGUGGCCGCACGUGUCUUUGAAUCCGGUGCGAUAGCAGUUUAUGCCAUGAGUCCGGCUGAGGCUGAUCAAAUGUUCGAAUGUCUUUAUAUGACAUCGUCCAAAUAUCGUAAGGCUGAGGCGGCGAAUUUGGCUAAUGAAUCGAUAAGGUGAGGAACAUGAUAAGUCUCGUAUUGGGCAAAGUAUUAAACGACAACAUUUUUAUUGUUCCUUGUUCCCUCCUCCCAUCCCUUCCCUCCCUUUUCGGCAUUGUUUGAAUUAUGGCUACUGGGUUCGGCAUCCUUAGACAUUUGUGUGUUAAU